CCCCAUCCUGGAGGCCUUUGGAAAUGCCAAGACAGUUUAUAACAACAACUCCAGCCGCUUUGGCAAGUUCAUCCAGCUGCAUUUCUCUCAACAUGGAAACAUCCAGGGAGGCCGAGUAACUGAUUAUUUACUGGAAAAGAACAGAGUGGUACACCAGAACCCCGGCGAGAGGAAUUACCACAUCUUUUAUGCUCUACUGGCUGGUGUGAGUGGGGAGCAGAAAGAGAGCCUCUCCCUCUCUGAGCCAGAGGCUUACCGCUACUUGAACCAGUCUGGUUGUGUGACUGAUGAGAACUUGAAUGACCUAGACAUGUUCAGUAAGGUCAUGACUGCCAUGAAGGUGAUGGACUUCAGCACUGAAGAAAUCAGAGACAUCUUCAAACUUCUUUCUGGCACGCUUCAUUUGGGAAACGUUGAAUUCAUGACAGCUGGCGGGGCCCAGGUUACAACAAAAGUGGUGCUGAAUAUUGCCAGUGACCUCCUGGGCUUGGACGCCUUCCAGCUUUCCGAAGUACUGACACAGAGGUCCAUGAUUCUGCGUGGAGAAGAGAUCAGCUCCCCUCUCACUGUGGAGCAGGUAACUGACUCCAGGGACUCCCUCUCAAUGGCGCUGUAUUCCCAGUGUUUUUCAUGGCUCAUUAGCAAGAUUAACACGAAGAUCAAAGGCAAGGAAAACUUUAAGUCUGUGGGCAUCCUGGAUAUCUUUGGCUUCGAGAACUUUCAGGUGAAUCGCUUUGAGCAGUUUAACAUUAACUAUGCAAAUGAGAAACUCCAGGAAUAUUUCAACAAACACAUCUUCUCCUUGGAGCAGCUGGAGUACAACAGGGAAGGGAUAAACUGGGAAGCCAUUGACUGGAUGGAUAAUGCAGAGUGCCUGGACCUUAUUGAGAAGAAACUGGGUCUUCUGGCUUUGGUGAAUGAAGAAAGUCGAUUCCCCAAAGGCACAGACAACACCCUUCUGGAAAAACUUCACAGCCAGCAUAUGAGCAACCACUACUAUGUGAAGCCUCGGGUAACAGACCAUCAGUUUGGCAUAAGACAUUACGCUGGGGAGGUGCUCUAUGAUGUGCGAGGCUUUCUGGAGAAGAACAGAGACACCUUUCGAGAUGACAUUUUAAACAUGCUGAAAGACAGCAGGCUGGAUUUCAUCUAUGACCUUUUUGAAAGGGUGUGCAGUCGCUGCAGUGAGGAGACACUGAAGAUGGGCACCCAGAGGCGCAGACCAACUGUCAGUUCCCAGUUCAGGGAUUCUCUCCAUUCCCUGAUGGCCACGCUUAGUACUUCCAACCCAUUCUUCAUCCGCUGCAUCAAACCAAAUACAGAAAAG